CCCUCAUUUGGCGAAACAAGGAGGCCUGUGUUUCCUCCGUCCAGCGACUAUUUCAAAUAAACACCGCAUACAUUUGUCUCGACGACACCCACCUCGUCUGCCCAAACAAACGUGGUCGGCGCGUGGACUCCAGCUGGCCUCUGUGACUAGAGCUCCUGAGCCAUCGGAGAGAAUGUUCCCACCGUCUUCACAGGCAAAGGCAACAGCAAGUCGACCAAGAUCAUUCCUGUGCCGUGGAUAGUGGAAACAGAUGCUGCAGAGGAGAGAAGGGGAUGCAUUUAGCAGUAAAAACUGUGUAACAGUGAUGAUCACCACCGGUGGGACCUAUCAGCAGAAAAACUCACUUAGUGUUUCUUUAAUUUGAGCCUUAGGUCUUCCGUGAAGAAAAUGCAGAUUGUCCUGUGCGUAGCCUUGCUGCUUUACCUGAAAGGCUCCGAGGGCGCAGAGCCAAGGUCAAAGUGUCCCACGAGGUGUGACGUGAGUACCUGCCCAAGCCCCAGCUGCCCCAGCGGCUACGUACCCGACCGCUGCAACUGCUGCCUGGUGUGUGCCUUGGGGGAGGGCGAGCCGUGCGGUCGCAAGGAUGACCUGCUUUGCGGGGACGGGCUGGAGUGCAAACACCCGGCCGGCAAGCUCCUGCUCAAGGGCUUCUGCCAAUGCAAAGAGAGUCAGGAGGUGUGCGGCAGCGACGGCAAGACGUACGGGAACGUGUGCCAGCUGAAGGCCACCAGCAGGAGGGCGCUGCAGCAGGGUCUCCCUGGAAUCAGCCAGGUCCAAAGAGGAGCCUGUCAAACCAGCACAGCCAGUAUAGGUCCGACACACGCUGCCAGUCCUCGAUACAAGUUUAACUUCAUCGCUGAUGUGGUUGAGAAGAUUGCACCGGCUGUGGUCCACAUAGAACUCUUCCUCAGGCAUCCUCUCUUUGGUCGGACCGUCCCUCUGUCAAGCGGAUCGGGCUUUGUGAUGUCAGAACAGGGACUGAUCGUCACCAAUGCUCAUGUGGUCUCCAGCACCACGCCGGUGUCGGGUCAACAGCACCUCAAGGUCCAGAUGCACAACGGUGACGUGUACGAAGCCAGCAUCAGAGACAUCGACAAAAAGUCAGACAUUGCCACCAUCAAGAUCAACCCUCAGACAAAGCUGCCUGUUCUGCUGCUGGGUCACAGCGCAGACUUGAGGCCCGGCGAGUUUGUGGUGGCUAUCGGCAGCCCCUUCGCCCUCCAGAACACCGUCACUACUGGCAUCGUCAGCACCGCUCAGAGGGACGGCAAGGAGCUGGGCCUCAGGGACUCUGACAUGGACUACAUCCAGACAGAUGCUAUUAUCAACGUGAGGCUAGUGAUCGAUUGGUGUAGAUGCUCCAUGGAGAAUCCUAAUAACGUAUCAUGUUUUCCUUCACAGUAUGGGAAUUCAGGAGGACCUCUUGUCAAUUUGGAUGGUGAGGUGAUCGGCAUCAAUACCCUGAAAGUCGCUGCGGGGAUCUCCUUCGCCAUCCCUUCAGACAGGAUCACGCUCUUCCUGAACGACUCCCUGGACAAGCACAGCAAAGAUAUCCGGUCAAUAAAGAAGCGUUUUAUUGGAAUCAGGAUGCUGACCAUCACACCAGCGCUGAUCGAAGAACUAAAACAGCAGAAUCCAGACUUCCCCGAUGUGACUGCUGGGAUCUACGUCCACAAGGUUGUCCCCCACUCACCGGCGCAGAAAGGCGGCAUCAGAGACGGCGACAUCAUCGUCAAGCUGAACGGUCGACCGCUAAGGACCACAGCCGACCUGCAGGGGGCACUGCAGGAAGAGACGGCACUCCUGUUGGAGGUCAGAAGGGAUAAUGACGACCUGCUCUUCAACAUUGAACCAGAUGUCAUCAUGCAAUAGAUGCUUCACGGGACUUGACGAAAACAAACGCAGGAGACAAAAAGUUGAAGUUUGCCAGCUCAGGACCUCCAAAUCCCCUCAAAACUGCAAAAUACUUGACUGUAUCACUUUGACAGUAUGUGCAUGAAAAAUCAUUUUGAGUUGCACAUUAAAUUGGUUGUGAAAAAUGAAAUUCACUGAUCAUUUGGGAGCAGGUUAACAUUAAAGAAACAAAAAGGGAAAAUUGUAUCCAGGGUCAACGUGGCAACCGCAGCAUCUUCUUCUUCCUGGGGUUUUGUUGCUUUAAUGCAGGGGUCUCAAACACGCGGCCCGCGCAAGUUUGAUAUGGAUGCUGUAUGGUAUCAUGUGCCCAGAAAAAAUUAUUGCGUUUGAUUAAUGUUCAUGUUAAAGGUUAAAUAACUGUUAAUAGUUAUCCUCCCUAUCUGUGUGGAAGUGGUAAGUUUUUGGCUAUUUAAGUUUAAAGGAAAUAACUUGAAGGCUACCGUUUAGGUUGCUAGC